CACGUCUCUAUGGCAACAGAGGAAGGACGCGAACGGCCUAGUAUCCGGAGUUUGUGCUUUCCUAAUCUGCCUAUUCAAUUUGAAUUCGUUUCUUAUCUCGUCCAGGCGAAAUACAACUAAACACGAUUAUUUACAAACCUCAUCACUGAUAGGCUUGUUUAAUAAAUUUAAUAGAUUAGGUGAUUCUCGCAGGACUUCCGGUUUGACCGGCGGCUACUUCAGGUUGGUGGAGAUGGACUCUCCGCAUGUCGGAGUGGUCAGAGACUCAAUGAACAACAAUCCUCUUAUAAAGAAGGCUAAACUUGGGAAGACCAAAUCCAAAGGAGUGACCUGUCCAGGACCAGAUUUUGUUUAUGGUGCAGCGACCACCUUCCAAGAUGGUGGAGUGGCAGAAGCCCUUUCCAAUUGGCACACUCCUUCACUGUCCUUCUCCAGCUCUGCGUGGUACGGGAAGGCAGAGCGAGACUUUGUGGCGCUGAAUCGUGAAGGUAUAAAGUCUGGCCUGGUCACGGCCAAAGAGCUGCAGCAGUACCAUGCCACUCAUGAUAUCAGACGCCCAGUCUUUUCCAAAAGCUUCAAGUCUGCUCCAGCACAAAUACCACAGGACAUCACAUUCGGCCUUCCUACAUGCAGGCCUUCCAGUCCGAUCUCAGCGCUGUUGGAGUACAAGUAUGGCCAGAGGUGGCUGGAGGAGCAACAGGCCAGAGACAGAGCACUGCUGGAUCACCAGAAUAAGAAGCUUGUGAGGAACCAGGACACCCGUACCACCCUCCUCCGCAAGACUCGCCCUCUGAAGGAACCACCAUCUAUGUGGAAACUGCCCCGCUUCCAGCAGAUUGGACCAGCUCUGGACACCUUCCGAGAUCCUGAAGCACGAGAGAAGGCCAUGGCUGCACACUACAAGGACUCGGUAGCCAGACGAGGGCUGCUGGGACAGGGCACUUACACUGUGGACUGACAGGCCGAUUAUUAUCCAUAUAAUCUCCCAGUUUAUCCUUCAGAUCAGUUUAUUUUUCUCUAACAGUCUGGACACGGAGACAGUGUUAGUGAUUUCAGCUCGUAUUGUCAAUGUGAGAUUUUGGUCCUGAGUCAACGCCACAGCUGUUAGUGCAUCAUUUAUGCAAUAAAUUCGUUGCUUAAA